AUCCUUAAACCAAACCAACUAACAUCACCUGCAUCCAGCAGCAAGGACUACACCAAAACUCCCCACAAAUCCUGCAUCGUCUCUCCAGGACCCUUCUAACAAACCCCGCAGGAUGUCGCCAGCAGUCGCGAUUCGUCCUCCGGGCUGCGCAACAGCCUCUCGGCACAUUAAUCCUUGAAAAGGACACCGCGCGGAACGCUCGUCCUCGUCCUUUCUAGUCCUGUCGCGGAAUUUCGACGGGCCGAUCGGGCAGGAUUCGUGCAGGACACUCGGGCGCUCCACAGGACGAUAUUGCUCUCCGGAUUGCCGGAGGUCCUUCGCAGGAAGGUCCUUCCAUUUUGCGCUGCUGGUGAAAGAAAAUCUCGGCGAUGGGCAAGGGCGACAAGAGAAAAUCCGAUGGCGGUUCGACGAAUCUGGUGGGGAAGUUUACGCAGAGCGUGCGCAGGAUCGUCCAGGACGUGAAGGACGAGGGCACCGCGACGGGCGCCACCAAGGAGGAGGUGAUAGAGACGAACGAACGGCUGCGCGCCGUCCGGGUGCGCAUGGACGAGUCCUACGACACCGCCAAGAAGGCCUUGGUCGGUCUGAUGGCCAAAUACAACGAGAGCAAGAACGUGCAUAACAUAUUCCAACGGUACAGCAUGCUCAAGGCCAUGAUCAAGGAGGUGAUCCGAUUGGAGACGCAGUACUGGACGUUGGUGGAGAUACCGAAGCAGGAGAAGCAGGAAACGGUGCCGGCGUUCGUGUUGCGCGCAUGCGCCAUCAUGGAGAAGACGCAGAAAUCGGGAGAGGGGGUGAAAACGUCGGCGAAAUUGGCCGAAGAGGCGCAGGACAAGCGGGAUCGCAUCGAACGUUUGGAAAACAUGACAACGUCGCAAAUCGACGUGGAAAACACCCAGAUGACCAACGACCUCUACAGGCUACUCAAGAAAUACUCCGGUUUGAGGAAUCUCAUUCGCCAAUUAAAGACUGAAUACACCAAUGCAAAGCUGUAUCCAAUGGUGCUAAGGUAUUCGAUGUUGAAGGACAUGAUCAAGGACAUCAUGCUCCAUCCGGAUUACAUGGAAGUUUGCCAUGAGGUGGACGCAUAG